UAGACAUCCACACCACAGGGGCUCCAUCUCCCACCAUGAACCACAACUCCCAGCACUUCUUCCCGGGCGCCCACAAUGGCAUCCCCCCGACCUAUGAGAUGCUCAAGGAGGAGCACAAGGUGGCUGUACUUGGGGCGCCCCAGAGCUCGGCUCCCGUGACGACCACUGUGAUCAACAUCCGUAGUGAGACAGCCGUGCCCGACCACAUCGUCUGGUCCCUGUUCAACACCAUCUUCAUGAACUGGUGCUGCCUGGGCUUCGUGGCCUUCGCCUACUCCGUGAAGUCUAGGGACCGGAAGAUGGUGGGUGACAUGACUGGGGCCCAGACUUAUGCCUCCACCGCCAAGUGCCUGAACAUCUGGGCCCUGGUCUUGGGCCUCCUUCUGACCACUGGAUCCAUUGUUCUUCUGGUGUUUGUCUACGCUACAGCCUACAGUGUAUUUUUAAAGUCUAUGCAAGAGAACAAUGGGUACCACUAG